UCAAAACUUAACCAUUAAGUCUCUCUCUCUCUCUCUCUCUCUCUCUCUCUCUUUUUAGGCGACUGGGCUCCAAAUGAAUCACCACAUUAUCUCACUACAUUAACUGGGUUUUACCUUCCAGCAAACAAAAUUCAGAAUUUCCCUCAAACUGAAGCCAUGAGUGAAGAAAAUGAGAUGUCAAGUUUUUCGAUGUUACCGGAGGCGUGCAUGUCAUACAUAUUCUCAUUUACGUCCCCAAAAGAUGCUUGUAUUGCAUCCGCUGUUUCUAUGGGAUUCAAAUCUGCUGCUGAAUCUGAUUUAGUGUGGGAACAGUUUCUUCCGUCGGAUUAUCAAGAUAUUAUUGCAAGAUCGGUUUCUCCGGUGGUUUAUUCUUCCAAAAAGGAACUUUAUUUUCAUCUUUGUGAUUCUCCUCUCCUCCUUGAUGGUGGCAAACUGAUUUUUAGACUGAGCAAGUCGAGUGGAAAAAAGUGUUUUAUGUUGUGCGCAAGGGAACUCAGCAUUAUAUGGGCAGAUAGUCCACGGUACUGGAAUUGGAAGACUCUUACAGAAUCAAGAUUUGCUGAGGUAGCAGAACUAUUGAGUGUUUGCUGGCUUGAUAUUCAUGGCAAAAUGCAAACUCGAAUGUUGUCUUUGAAGACUAACUACGCCGCAUAUCUCGUGUUCAAAAUCCUCGAAAAUUCUGGUGGGCUCUACUCGCCCUCAAAGGCAUCUGUCAAACUUGUUCAACAAAGCAUGGUACAGGUUGAAGGUGAGAACAACACUGUGUAUUUAAAACAACCACCGCUUGGACAAGGAAGUUGGAUCGAAGUAGUUCCAAGUAUCCAUGGUCGGAUGCCGAAAGAAAGAAGGGACACGUGGAUGGAGAUUGAAUUGGGAGAAUAUUUCAAUGACGAAGGAGAUGAAGGUGAUAUUCAGAUGCAACUUUUGGAGACUGAGCUGCUUCAUUGGAAGCAUGGCCUUAUUAUCGAAGGGAUUGAGCUUCGGCCCAAGGAAGAUUAGAGUGAUCAAUAAAUUGUUAUUUAGUUUUAAGUGAGACGGUUUAACAAUAUAUUAGUCUUCACUUGUGCUUGUGUCUUAAGUCGUUGGAAAUGCGAGAAAUAUGGUUGUGUGUAUAUGAUGAAUACCUCGCUCACGUUUGCAGUAGUUUUAUGCCGUCUUAAAUAAAUGUGUUAUGGUUUGUCCAUUGUAUUCUACCUAUACUUUGUAAUCAAUCCUAAAUCAAUUAUCCUUGACUA